GAUUGCAUUUCUGUCCAUUUGAGGUUUGAUAUGACAAGGUGAUUAUUGGAGUGGUAACGAACGAGUUGACCAUCAUUCAAGAUUAUGUUUUCUUUGUAAAUUUGAUGAAAACUGCCUGGUACUGGUAGACCGUCCCAGACAAGUGACCUGUGAUUCUCUGCCGCUGGUCAGUUUACCAGCCACACCUAGCCUUUGAUUCUGCCACCAUGGGCUUCUGGCUCCAACUAAGAAUCCUGCUAUGGAAAAACUUCAUGUUGCGAAAGAGGCAACCUGGCCGAGUGACUGUUGAGAUCGUGUGGCCGUUGUUACUGUUUCUUAUCCUUGCCUGGGUUAAGACGAGGGGAUUGCAAGAAAACAUUCAUGAAUGUCAUUAUGAUGGGAAGCCUAUGCCAUCAGCAGGACUUGGGCCAUUCCUUCAGGGGAUCAUCUGCCAUUCAAACAACACUUGCCAUAAGACAGUGAGAGAAGAUGAGCUCAGAGGAAGGGUAGAUACAUUCAACAACUCGCUAAUCUCGAGAUUAUUUCGUGAUGUGGAGAAUAUACUCGGAAAUAGCUCGGAAGUGGAAGAGAUUACUAAUCUGAUUGAUGAUUACAACACGCUGGAGACGAUGGGUAAUGUCAUCACCAAUGGAUCGAGCAAAGGUGGCAUUAAGAUCGGCAGCCUGUUUGUACAUCCAGAGAACCUGAAGCAGACCAUCGCCAAGCAGAACAUCAGCUUAACGCCUGCUGUGGUGGAUGAUAUUCUCAAUGCACAGUUUGACCCUCAAGCAUAUCUAGAGUACAUCACCGGACAAAACGCCUCGUCGUUACAAAACAUAUCUGCAAUCGAACUCUUUCAAGACCUCCGCACAUUCAACUGGUCCGAAGAGAAUGUUAGAGAAAUUGUAUGCGAUACUGCAACGAAUACGUCCAAAACUGAGCAAAUCAUCAUCUAUCGCAAUACUGCGGAGGCAGAAUUGGUGAAGGAUCAAGUGUGUAAUCUUACCAGGGAUGAGCUCACAACACUACUGAAGGAUUUUCAGGAUCAGUACAGAUUCUGGAAGGUCAUGGAGCAGCUCUCUGAAUAUGCCAUGAAUAAUACCGGCAAGCCCAUCAAUUUCAACAACUCGACGUAUCGAAGAUGGCGGAAUAUUCUGGAUGAUAUCAAUAACCUCGACAGCUUUAGCAACCUGAUAUCAGACGGCAAUGCUACCGUCCGGGACGUGAUGGAUAUGGCACAGGAGAGGAAUGCAUCGACCUUGAUGCAGGACAUCAGCGCGAUAUUCUGCGGAGAAGGCAACAAGAUCUUCCAGUCCAAGGGUGGCAUGGGGUUGUUCGGUGCCGGUAGUAACCCCAAGAAGGAGGAGGAGAAUGAAGAAGCUAGGGCAAAAAAGGAAAGAGAGAAAGAAAAAGAUGAUGGGUACACAGGGUACAUUUACGAUAAUGAUACCACUCCCUUUUGCAAUGACCUCUUCAAAACUGCAGAGGAGACCCAAGUCACUAGAAUCCUAUGGCGGGAGUUAAAACCCCUGGUGCGCGGGAAACUGCCGUAUUACCCAGAUAAUCCUGCAACUCGCAAGAUUAUUGAGCAGGCCAACAGUACCUUUGCUGAGCUCUCGAUCCUAAUGCGUCUUGCGAAAGACUGGUUGGACUUCUCUCCAACACUCUACAAGACUUUGGAUGGACCCCAGGGUGAUAUCGUCAGGUCCUUCUUCUCACAAUGUGAACAGCUUGUGCCGCAGGCCCAGCUCAAGGAGAGAUGUGCCUUCUACAGCAGGUACCUCUACAACGGUCCAAAAGACCCGGACAAGUAUGACUGGCGUGAUUCGAUUAGCUACAUGGACAAGUACAUGAAACAGCUGUAUGACUUCCUGCAGUGUUUUGAGUACAACAAGUUUGAACCCCACGAGAGCGAACAGAGCCUCGUCAAUGCCAGUCUCAAUUACAUCGAGAGUAAUAAAUACUGGGGAGGUAUCAUCUUUGACUUGGGCAACUCCAAUGGAUCGACCGUGCCGAGUAACAUUUCAUACAAGAUUAGGAUGGACACGGACAAGGUGGACGGCACAGAAAACUUCAAAGUUCUAGACAGGUACUACACGCCAGGCGCAAGAGACAGCCCACGAAUUGACUUGAGCUAUUUCACUUAUGGAUUUGCGUACAUCCAGGACAUGAUUGAACACGGAUUUGUCCGUGCUGUCACUGAGAAGGAUGUCGAGAUGGGGAUAUAUGCCCAGCAAUUCCCCUAUCCGUGUUACAUCUAUGACACGUUCACCAAGGCUAUCUCAAGUAGCAUCCCGAUGUUCAUGGUGUUGGCGUGGGUCUACACCGCUGCGAUGAUCGUUAAGGGCAUUGUCUACGAGAAGGAGAAACGCUUGAAGGAAGUGAUGAAGGUUAUGGGCCUGGGUGAGGCGGUCCACUGGGUCGCCUGGUUCAUCAACUGCUUCGUCAUGAUGCUCAUCAGUGUCAUCUUGUUGCUUGGAGUUCUAAAGUUUGGCAAAGUCCUGAAGUUCUCCGACCCGUCCCUGCUGUUCUUUUUCUUCUUCGCUUUUACGGUAGCGACGAUAAUGCAGUGUUUCCUGUUGAGUUGUUUCUUCUCGCGAGCCAACCUGGCGGCCGUGUGUGCGGGAAUCAUCUACUUUACGCUGUAUCUACCGUACCCGCUCAUGUUUCAGUGGGAGGAGAUUAUGACCAUGUCCCAGAAGGCGACAGGAUGCCUCCUGUCCAAUGUGGCGUUUGGAUUCGGCUGUAGUUACAUAGCCCGCUAUGAAGAACAAGGAGUGGGAAUCCAAUGGCACAACUUUGCAGUCAGCCCGAUACCAGAUGACCACUUCAACAUGAUGCAGUGUAUCAUCAUGAUGUUUGCCGACGCACUCAUUUACUGGAUCCUAACCUGGUACAUCGAAGCUGUUUUCCCUGGCCAGUAUGGUGUACCCCGUCCAUGGUAUUUCCCCUUCACUAGCUACUACUGGUGUGGCUCGGCUGCUAACAAGGAAAACAUCGACAUCAAUGUGCGAAAUGAGAUGGAAAUGGGAAGUACAGAUGAAUUCGAGAUGGAGCCCAACAACUUAACCCUCGGCCUGGCGAUUAGGAAAUUAAGGAAGGUGUUCAAGCGUGGGAAAAAGACAGCUGUUGAUGGCUUGACCUUGAACUUCUACGAGGACCAAAUCACCUCAUUCUUGGGUCACAACGGAGCUGGGAAAACGACAACCAUGUCUAUCCUGACUGGUCUGUUCCCGCCGACAGAAGGGACAGCCUUCAUCUACAACCAGGAUAUCCGCACGGAGAUGGACUCGAUCCGAAGAAGUAUGGGGAUGUGUCCACAGUAUAAUGUACUCUUUGAUAGCCUCACUGUUGAAGAGCACCUGUGGUUCUAUGGACGGUUGAAAGGAAUGGAUACUGAGAGUAUCAGGAAAGAGGCCGCUCAAAUGAUCAACGAUGUGGGCUUGCCUCACAAGAAGAAUGAGCCAACGUCAUCACUCUCUGGUGGGAUGAAGAGAAAGCUAUCUGUUGCCAUAGCAUUUGUUGCCGGAUCUCGCUGUGUCAUUCUGGAUGAGCCAACAGCUGGCGUGGAUCCCUAUGCCAGGCGAGCCAUCUGGGACUUGCUGCUCAAGUACAGGAAGGGCCGUACAAUCAUUCUCUCCACCCAUCACAUGGACGAGGCUGACACCUUGGGAGACCGCAUCGCCAUCAUCGCAGAUGGAAAGCUCCGCUGCUGUGGCUCCAGCCUCUUUCUGAAAGCACGAUAUGGAAGUGGCUACUACCUGACCAUGUCCAAGCAGGAUGAGAGCAGAGCGAGGACAGAGGCUAGUUCCAUCGCUACGAACAGCCGGCCCUCGUCUGCUAGGACAAUCAGGGAUAUUCAGCUUGAAGAUGAGGCCGCUGGCAUUGGAAAUGGUGAUGCCAAGCUUCCAUUUAACAAGCUACCACCUGAUGAUGGCAUCAGCGUUAGUGCAUGCAAUGAAGCCUACGUCACGAAAUACGUCCAGAAUUACGUCACAGGUGCUGUUUUGGUGGAGAAUAUUGGAACCGAGUUGAUGUUCCAGUUACCCGAGGAGGGUGUCAAGUCUGGAGAGUUUGCACGCCUUUUCUCCAAUCUUGACCAAGACUUGGAUGAACUUGGGAUAUCUAGUUACGGCAUCUCUGACACGAGUUUGGAAGAGGUUUUCCUGAAAGUCGCUGAGGAGGGUGAAGAAACUGAUGACAAAGAUGAGAAGGCUCGUCAGAAGCUGGAACAAGAAUAUGAUGGUGGCAAGUAUCCACGUCCUGUGUCGAGGUUGAGCUUCAGGCGAAAGAAACUUGGGAUCACCGGAGGGUUCACCUCUGCGGCAACGGACAAGCAGGAUCUGAUCAACGGAAAUCUGGAUGAUACGGAUUCUGUCAUAUCGAUGCCGAUCAGUGAGCCUGGUGAUUGUAAUGGUGCUGGGUCAUACAAGGUUGCUCCCGGCUUCAGCAUGUUGUGCCGGGAACUGAAGGCGCUCUUCAUCAAGAGGUUCCAUCAUGUCCGCAGGAGCAAGAAGGGAUUCGUCGCUGAGAUUAUCCUGCCAGCUGCGUUCGUGCUCCUGGCCAUGAUCUUUGCCCUGAUAACGCCCCCGCUGACCCCUGACCCACCAAUGGAAGUACACCCCUGGCUCAUGACUCCGAAAGAUGGAAACUUGAAGAUGUUUUUCAGCAAUGACGCGCCACCUGGAGACUUUGCCGACAAAUACGUUAAUCAUUUGUUAUCGAAAAACGGACUGGGAACAAGAUGUCUCGACCCUGAUGUUCAUCAAAUUGACGGCUUUCCCUGCCGACCACUUCAAGACAAAACCAAGUACCAAUUCUCUGCACAGCCGCUUAUGACUGGGAACCUUUCCAUAGACUCGCCUAACUGUGAUUGUAGUACUGGCUACCAGCAGUGCCCAGCUGGGGCAGGAGGGCCGGAACCAUCCAAGCGUCUCCAUCAAAACACGGACACCAUCUACAACAUGACUGGAAGAAACAUCUCGGACUGGAUCACCAAGACCAUGAAAUCGUAUAUCAAACAACGCUACGGUGGGUACUCCUUCGAAGUUAACGCCCUGGCCAAAGAUAACUCCUCUACCCUCCAGAAGAGCCUAGAGAGAAUCUCGUUGGCAUUUAACAAUGGCAAGCCAGUAAUGGAUGGAAGCAAUGACUUCUGGGAUGACCUCGACAGAUUCAUCUACAACUUUGAUUACAGGAAUGCCACCAAGGUUUGGUUCAACAACAAGGGCUACAUCUCCUUCAUUGCGUAUGCAAAUGGCAUCAACAACAUUGCCCUGCGUUCGAACCUACCCAAAGGGAUGGACCCGAAUAAGGCGGGAAUCACCCUCAUCCAGCAUCCCCUGAACCUGACCAAGUCGCAACUGAUCGGUGAAACAGCGAAACAAGGCUAUGUGGAUGUGCUGAUUGCCAUCUGUGUGAUCUUUGCCCUAUCAUUCAUCCCAGCAAGUUUUGUGCUCUACCUCAUUGAAGAGAGGACGUCCAAUUCCAAACAUCUCCAGUUUGUGAGUGGUGUUAGUCCCUACAUCUACUGGUGUGCCAACAUUGUCUGGGAUCUGAUGAACUACAUUGUACCAGCCACCUUGUGUAUAUUCAUCUUCUUGGCCUUCAACAAGCAAUCCUACGUGUCCGCAGAUAAUGCUCCCGUCCUCGUCUCCCUGUUGCUACUCUAUGGUUGGGCAAUCAUCCCGAUGAUGUAUCCAUUCUGCUACGUGUUCUCCGUGCCCAGUUCAGCAUUCGUGGCGUUGUCGAGCAUCAAUAUCUUCAUUGGCAUGACGUCAACGAUCGCCACUUUCAUUAUUGAGCUACUCGAAUAUGAUGAUGCGGAGUUGGCUGACAUCAACAAUGUCUUGAAGCAGGUGUUCCUCAUAUUGCCCCAGUACUGUCUCGGUAGAGGACUCAUUGACCUCUCCAAGAAUCAGUUAUUUGCUGACACGCUCGCAAGCUUUGGUGAGAACACAUUCAAGGAUCCGUUCUCUUGGGACAUCUGUGGUAGGAAUCUGCUUGCCAUGUUCUGUGAGGGCAUCUUCUUCUUUGCAUUGGCUCUGCUCAUUGAGUACAACUUCUUCUGUAAACCAAGAAAAAUUCAAGCUCGGCAGCAACCAACUGCUGAUCAAGAUGAUGAUGUGCUGCAUGAGAAGGAGAGGGUUCUGUCGGGAGCCGCAAAGGGGGACACUCUCUUGCUUGAGAAUCUCACCAAGGUUUACAAGACGCAGAACGGUUACUACACAGCCGUUGAUCAUCUCACCAUUGGUGUGCCAAAAGGCCAGUGUUUUGGACUCCUAGGUGUCAAUGGUGCCGGCAAGACAACCACCUUCAAGAUGCUGACUGGAGAUGUACCUGUAACCGAGGGAAGUGCUUCAGUGGCUGGAUACAGUAUCCUGCAAGACCUGACCGCAGUUCACAAGAACCUCGGCUAUUGCCCACAGUUUGACGCCUUGGACAACCUUCUCACCGGGAGAGAACACUUGCAGUUCUACGCAAGACUACGGGGCGUCCCGGAAGAUGAGAUCGAGAAGGUUACUGAAUGGGGCAUAAAGAAGUUGGGCCUGGUGCCAUAUGCUGAUAAGGUGGCUGGCGACUACUCUGGAGGCAACAAGAGGAAGCUGUCAACAGCCAUUGCUCUCAUUGGAAACCCACCGAUUAUUUUCCUUGAUGAGCCCACCACUGGUAUGGACCCGAAGGCAAGGCGAUUCUUAUGGAACUGUAUCACAAGUAUCAUCAAGGAUGGACGAUCUGUCAUUCUUACCUCUCACAGCAUGGAGGAGUGUGAAGCCCUGUGUAACAGAAUCACCAUCAUGGUGAACGGACAACUCAAAUGUAUCGGAAAUACACAGCAUCUCAAGAACAAAUACGGUGAUGGCUACACGAUCCUCAUCCGCCUGCGAGGUCACAACCCGGACAUGAACCAUCUCACCAACUACAUCAAGGGCACGUUCCCUACAGCAGUCCAGAAGGAGAAGCACCAUAAUAUGGUGCAGUAUCAGUUGCCGUCUGGUGAUAUCUCACUGGGUAAAGUGUUUGAGAAGAUUGAGAAUAUGAGAGGCGAACUGAAAAUCGAGGAUUAUUCUGUGAGCCAGACAACAUUAGACCAGGUGUUCAUCAACUUUGCCCGUCUCCAGACCGAUAUCUUGGAUGAUGCAGAUCUGGCUGAGUUGGCUGAGUUGGCAGUUUCAAUUGCUUAUGGGCGACCCAAUGCAAAACAGAAAUUGAAAAACGGGAUGCGGAGAACCAGCAGUCGUGUUGGGGUUUCUCCGAGCCCCCCACCCACGCCACCUGGCGAGGAGAAGGUUUUCAUUGAGGACCCGUUCUCCUCAAGUUGGGGAUCGCAGACUCAUCUGAUGCCGGAGGGAUACAACAACCCCAUGUACGCAAAUAUGUCUUCGUCAACACCAAGCAUUCCGGGUGGAACGGGCCCUGAUGCUGAAAUACUAACCCUAUUAGAUGAACAACCUAAACGCCCUCUAUGUGCGUGGCAGGCCAAUCUUCAGCUUAGAGAUGAUGCUGAGAGCGAGACAGGUAGUACCCUGAAUCUCAUCCGCCAGAACAGUGAGAGGAGUCUGGUAAAUGUCAAGAAAAAACCUGCAGACGUGGACUCAUUUGCUUAAGCUGAGAGACAAACAGAAGAUCAAUUUCUGCCUCAAAUUUAAAUGUGGCAUUGGUGAUCUUUGUGAUAUGAACAGAGUCCAUAGAUGAUAUUCAAGUUUUUACAAUGGUGCACUUCUCAGCUUACCCCACACAAGCCGUUGUCUCCAAAUGUUUUCCCCAAGCAGAGACUGACAUGAAUCAUUGCAAAUUAAUCCAUUGAAGGUUGUCAGCUUUAGAGAUUAUUGGUAGGUAAUGCUUGGGUAAUGUGAAAUUGAUUCAGAAGCAAGGGUGAGUGUGAGGAACGUCCACAUGUGCACUGAUCGUGCCUGAAUUUGUCACUUUGGAUUUUGUCUGAUGUUGUGAUAGAAUGACACAUUCCAUUCAAACGGAUCUCAUGUUUACUCAGUGUUAAUCUGUGAACUCUCAAAAAUAAUAAAUUUUGCGUAAAAAGAUUGCUUUGUAUGUUUUGUACAGAUGAAAAUUUUAAAGAUCAUGUUUUCACCUUCAUAUUAUGUUAUCGAUUUGAGUGUCUCUUUGUGUGGUCACAAAUGCAAUGAGUUUGGUUAGUUAUAUCGAUAUAUAUAUAUGUAUUUGUAAUACUCACUUCUAUGAACAAUGACACAGCGAGGUUUACGCAAUAUUCUAUUCCAGAAAACGCUUAGCGCAAUAUUUGUCAUCGAAGAGCUGGUGAAAUGUUGUUUUAUACACGAUGAUAGGCUCGAGCUCAGUCGCACAUGCAAAUACACUUUCUUGCUGAGUUUAAUUUACACUUUUGAAGUAUGUUUUUGAAUUCAAUAAAAGGUACGUCUUGCAGUAAUAAAAUGAGGGAAAAGCAUUGUUUGUGCUUAUUGAAGUACAUGUACACAGGGCAGUAGCUAUGACACAGAGAGGUUUACGCAAUAUUCUAUUCAAGAAAACGCUUACCGCAAUAUUUGUCAUGGAAGAGCUGGUGAAAUGUUUUACGAUGAUAGGCUUGAGCUCAGUCACACAUGCAAAUACACUUUCUUGCUGAGUUUAAUUUACACUUUUGAAGUAUGUUUUUGAAAUCGAUAAAAGGUACGUCUUGCAGUAUUAAAAUGAGGGAAAAGCAUUGUUUGUGCUUAUUGAAGUACAUGUACACAGGGCAGUAGCUAUGACACAGAGAGGUUUACGCAAUAUUCUAUUCAAGAAAACGCUUAGCGCAAUAUUUGUCAUGGAAGAGCUGGUGAAAUGUUUUACGAUGAUAGGCUUGAGCUCAGUCACACAUGCAAAUACACUUUCUUGCUGAGUUUGAUUUGAACUUUUGAAGUAUGUUUUUGAAAUCGAUAAAAGGUACAUCUUGCAGUAUUAAAAUGAGGAAAAAGCAUUGUUUGUGCCUAUCGACGUACAUGUACACAGGGCAGUAGCUAGAAAUGGCAGAUUCCCCCCCCAGAAGUGUUAGAAAAAUGACAAUGAUUUAGUGGCCGAAAAAUUUCAAAAAGUGUCAGUAUGCACUCCCAAGACCAAGAAGCUAGCUGCUGGCCUGGUACACUUUGUAGUAUUAAAAAUUGGAAAACUUUGUGCCUCAGUUCACUUUGUGAUAAUUGAAACUGUUCAUAGGCUUUUUUGAGUGGAAAUUGAUAUGAUAGGGUUCGGAAUUCGGUGACGAGAAUCCAUUCAUCUUUCUUUGUCUUUUGUGGUUCUUGAUCGUUUCUCCAGACAAUUGGUAGCACCCCUAAUGGAAUACAAUGUAGGCUGUUAUGCCAUGUCUGUCUUUCAGCUGCCAGAUUGGUCUAACUUGAUUUAGUUUUGUUAAAUUGCGGCACAAUCAUCCCAUAUAAUAAUGAUAAGUGAGGCAUUGGCGCUCAUUCAUAAAUUUGAGAACAUUUUGAAAGCCUAUGAACGCACCAUUUUGUGAUAAAACCUUUAAAAUAACUGAUGUAUACUUGUAAAUAUAUGCAAUGAAUAAAUAUUUUGUUUGAAGCAA